AUGGUGCUCAAGACGACCCUGCUCGCAGCCAAACCUCCCUCUGAUCCACCAUCACCUCCGAACAAGCCGGUCAUCUCAAUGCAUCACGGAGAAGCAGAAUGGACAGCUGUUUAUCCCAUUAUCGAGAGAUUGUACAUGAAAGAUCGAAGAAAACUUCGACAUAUCAUGCAGAUCAUGGAAGAGAAGCAUAAUUUCAAGGCAUCUGUUCAGAUGUAUAAGAGACGCUUCACAAAAUGGGGGUUUUAUAAAUCAAAACAAAGAAAUGUGAAGACUGCUUGCAAGAGCAAGACACCGACUCCAAAAAACACACCGGAGACUCAAAAGAAGCCAAACGCUAUGCCAUGUCACCGUCAGUCACUUAUUCUCUCUCCGAGCCCAGAUCCCCUGGAGACAAGUAGUCUUGAGUUUCUCACAAGCAUACACGACUGGAGCAAUUCAUUCUAUGAAUCUCUCUAUACCGAUGGGCUGCAUCUACAAAACAUCCAUUCAUCACCACGAACUGCUAAAAUCAACCGUUAUGAUCCAGAAGGAUUAAGUUUCGCCUUCCGGACCAUCGUUGAGCUCAUCCAACGCGGCAAAGGCGUUCUAGCAGGCCGUUUGACCCGAAAGGCCUUUCUAGACAUCGAGAAUAUGCUACAGGUCGAGGCGCCUUUAUUCAUCUGGAAUGUCUUGGAAAUUAUGUAUCACAUGGUUCGUCUUGGUCAGACACAGCUUCUUGGUAUGCUUCUCAUGCAACUAGUUGAGCUGGCGAGUAAUACCCAUGAGAUGCAACAUCCCGUUAUCAAGAUGCUGAAAAGCUUGCAAAAAGCGGUGUAUCUCUGGGAGAAGCAUGCUACACUUGAGAAAAUGAAACUUCUGGAGCAGGCUUGGGGUUUGAAUGCGGAUAUUAUAUGCAGAAACUACGACUCGAGACUGUUGGUCAUGUACUACCGCCUCGUUUGGGAAUCUUCCUGUAUUAAACUUGGCGAGGAUCAACUGGAUGGCCUUGAUAAGUGGUUCUCAGCGGUGAAGAGCAAGAUUCCACACGAGGAUUCCUAUUUCCAACAGGCUGUUCUAUUCAACGAUUCUAACUCCAAGGAGGAAACAGAACUACCGAGAGACUACCAGAUCACAAAAGCGCUUUGCGUCUCAGCAAUACAGCAUCGCUGCACAAUGACAUUUGGAGAGUCAAACAUAGCAAGCCUUGUGCGUUUGGGUUUACUCAAGAGUCGGGUUCUUGACGAGAUUGACGAACAGCCAAGCGAGGAGAUACUGCAGUCCCACACACGGUUUCAGGCCAGGGUUAUGGCCUAUUUGAUGAAGGUACUUGUGGACGUUGAUAGAGAACUCGGGUUGGAUGUCGAUGUGGCGGACAGAAUGCGAAACAAGAUUGCCUUGCGAGAAUUUGGAUACUCCAGUACCUCGCCGCAGGUUAUACAUGACAUGUGGCAGCUAGAAGCCUUUCUGCAAAAACAAGGACAUGUUGCUGAAGCGGCAAACAUAAGGAGGGAGACGUAUAAGAGGCUUGAGGAGUAUGUAGACCAGGUGCCUGUAGACGAGGUCUAG